AUGGUUGCAAAUGGUAUCAUAACUAAAAUAAACGAAGGAGAGCCCACAAGAUGGGUAAACAGUCUUGUCUACAAGAGGAAACAGAAUGGACGAUUGCGUUUAUGCCUAGACCCCAAAGACCUAAACACAGCUAUCUUAAGAGAACAUCACGCCAUUCCUACCUUGGAAGAAAUUUUACCAAAAUUACACAAAGCAAAGUUCUUCUCAAUAGUCGAUGCAAAGUGUGGCUAUUGGAAUGUGGUACUUGAUGAAGAAUCAAGCUAUUUAGCUACCUUUAACUCCCCAUUUGGCAGGUACCGUUUCAAGCGUAUGCCCUUUGGGCUGAACAUGUCACAAGACAUCUUCCAAGCAAAGAUCGACCAAACAUUCGAAGGAUGUAGAGGCGUUGUGGGUAUCGCAGAUGAUAUUGUUAUCUCUGGCACAACAGAAGAAGAACACGACCAAAAUCUACGAAGCAUGAUGAGCCGGUGCCAAGACACAGGUCUGAGACUAAACCCUGACAAAUGCCACAUAAAGCAAGAGAAAAUAAAGUUUUAUGGGCUUAUCUGCGGUCCAGAAGGAAUUCAACCAGACCCUGACAAAGUGUCCGCCCUGAAGCAGAUGGCCCCACCGACCAACAGCAAAGAACUACAGACAUUCUUGGGUCUGGCCACCUAUAUGGCACCAUUCAUCCCGAAUCUCAGUCACCACACUGCCUCACUGCGACAGCUACUCAAGAAGGAGAGCAAGUUUGCCUGGGACGCAAGCCAACAGGAUGUGUUUGACAGGAUCAAGAAUUUAAUUUCUGAAGAAGUUACACUAACAUACUUCGACCCAGAGAAAGAGACAGUACUGCAAGUUGACGCAUCAACAAAAGGCCUGGGAGCUACACUCUUGCAAGAAGACAAGCCAGUCGCCUUUGCCAGUAAAGCUUUAACUGACGUAGAAUCACGAUACGCAAACAUCGAAAGAGAACUCUUAGCAGUUGUAUACGGAUGCGAGAAAUUCCACACUUAUCUCUACGGCCGCAGUUUUACAGUCCAAUCUGAUCAUAAACCCCUUGAAUCUAUCCACCUUAAGCACCUUACAUCAGCCCCACCCCGCCUGCAACGGAUGUUGUUGCGCCUACAGCCGUACAGCCUUACAAUCAAGUACCGUCAAGGAGCAGAUAUGGAAAUCGUAGAUGCCCUAUCAAGACUUUCGCCCCGGGAAACAGAGCCCAUCUCUGACAUGGACGUCCAAAUACACGAAAUCUGUCCACAAUUUAGUAGUGGGAUUCUGCAGGAGAUCCGCGUGGCAAGUGCAACAGAUACGGAGCUUAAAGAAUUAAAUGAUGUGGUUUACAAUGGAUGGCCAACGAACAUAAAGCAGGUUCCAGAAAUCCUCAAACCCUAUUGGACCUUUCGUGAUGAGAUCACCACCGAAGAUGGUAUAGCAAUGAAAGGCCAACGUAUUAUCAUCCCCCAUAGUAUGCAGAGCAUGAUACUUACGAAGCUUCACGCAGGUCAUCAAGGGUCCGAAAAAACUAAAUUAAGAGCACGAACAUCGGUUUACUGGAGAGGAAUGAACAGUGACAUUGAGAAGUCGUGCAAAUCGUGCAAUACAUGUCAAGAAAUGCAGAACAGUCAACCCAAAGAGCCACUUAUCCAGACAGAGAUACCGCCAGGUCCAUGGCAUACCAUCGGCACGGACUUAUUUUACCUAGACGGAGCGGAAUACUUAUUGGUCGCUGACUACUACUCAAAAUACCAGUUCGUGCGAGAGGUACCAAAAGGGAAGAGCAGCAGUAGGACAAUCGCGAAUUUAACGAAAGAAAUUUUCAGCGAACAAGGAGUACCCAAAAUCGUAAGAUCCGAUAAUGGGCCCCACUUUGAAGGACAAGCAUAUAAAGAGUUCGCAAAGCAAUAUGAUUUCCAACAUACCACAAGCUCACCACACUACCCCAGAAGCAAUGGGUUUAUUGAGAGCCAAGUCAAGACUACGAAAAAGACAAUGAAAAAAGCAAGAGCAACCAAUACAGACCCACUCAUGGCUUUGUUAUGCUUACGGGCAACUCCAAUCAACAGCACUCUUCCAUCCCCAGCUGAGCUCUUAUUCGGUAGACCAAUCCAAGACAACCUGCCAAAGAAAAUACCGAAAGGAAAAACAACUGAGGAGGUGACUAGCAGAUUAUUACAGCGGCAAGCUACGCAGAAAUACUACCAUGACAGAAAUACAAAACCGCUCCAACCAUUAAAACCUGGUCAAAGCAUAAACAUCCAAGACCCAAGGUCUUACAUUAUCACGAAACCAGGAGGAGGAGAAAUUAGACGAAAUCGAACACAAAUACGAGAACGCCCACAAGAUCCAAUGGAACAAGCAUAUCAACAACCCUGUGAGAAAACACUAGACAACCCCGAAACCCCGUUCCCUAAGAGCACCCAAGAAAGCCACCAAUACACAACGCGUAGCGGCAGAAUAGUAGUACCCCCAACACGUUUAGAUAUGUAG